AUGACUGAUAGGUUGUUGUUCAGAGCUCUGAAGGGGGGCAAGGGCACGAAGAUCGUUACCUUGAAUGGAAAGAGGUUGACAAAGAUGCCCGCAGGGCUGAGUUCGCUGCCGGGCCUGAAGAUCUUAGACCUUCAGAACAACCGCAUCUCCUCCAUAAGCGUGGAGAUAGAGAACUUGAGGCAGCUGAGAACACUAAAUCUGGGACAUAACUGCUUAAGCGAAGUUCCAGGAGUGAUUAAAUACCUCACUUCCCUGAAGCAGCUCCAGUUAUUUGAAAAUAGCAUUCAAAACUUUACAAAUGAAGCAUGUGAUGGCUUACAAAAUUUGAACCUGCUUAAUUUGAACAACAACAAGCUCACCCUUAUUCCUGAAGAAAUUAAAAGAUUAUCCAACCUUAGAUAUUUGAGUAUAAAUAAUAACAAGCUCAUCAGAAUUCCUGCAGAAAUUUGUUUCCUUCAGAAUCUUUCUGAGCUUCAACUUAACUACAACCACCUGAGGUGCCUACCUGAAGAGAUAAAAUACUUGAGGAAUCUCCAGAAGCUUUUUGUGGUCAGGAACAAACUUGAAGCUUUGCCAGAGGGACUUUGUGUUCUCAGAAACUUAAAAGUUCUCGACAUAGCUGGAAAUCGUAUCCAGGCAUUUCCACGAGGAUUUCAGAAAAUGAAGCUGAAAGAAUUCUACUGUGAGGGCAACCCAUUGUUCCUGCGACAACCAUAUAAAGCUCUACAAGAGAGUUAUGUUUUUACUUUACAGGAAAUAACAGCAAGAUUUAUAAUGAAUCAACUAGAAGAAAAGAAUUCUUUCCUAAUGAAAGCUAUAGAAUGGUACCCACAGAUCAAGGACAAGAUUGCUCAUGCAAAAACAUGUGUAAUAUGUGGAAAGCCAUUUUUAACCGUAUGGUUGGAAUGCAUUGAAUUUGUUCCUCCAAAUAAGAACUGGAAGAUAAGCGGAAAUCUUAAGCUGGUACCUAUUCGAGUAUUGAUUUGUUCUUUCAUGUGCUUUAGUCUGCGUAGCCCUGACAUCUUUGGGAUUGCUCAAGUGUAG